GAGAGAGGCGAGCCAUGGACGAGGAGCCGCCCGCCGCGGGAACGGGGGCAGCCGGAGGGGCCUCAGACUCUGCGAAGCCUCCAAGUGACCUGAAGGAGCCGGAAGAGUCUCUGAUGCAGACCCCCCAGGGGAACCCGCUGGUGCUUCCCCACACGCUCCCAGAGCUGUUGAGCAAGGACACGGUGCAAGUGGAGCUGAUUCCUGAGAAAAAGGGUCUCUUCCUGAAGCAUGUGGAGUACGAAGUUUCCAGUAAGCGUUUCAGGUGCUCGGUGUACAGGCGGUACAAUGACUUUGUGGUCUUCCAUGAGAUGCUUCUUCAGAAGUUCCCCUACCGUAUGGUUCCUGCUCUUCCCCCAAAAAGAAUGAUAGGAGCCGACCGAGAAUUUAUCGAGACAAGGCGGCGUGCAUUGAAGCGCUUCAUUAACCUGGUGGCUCGGCAUCCUCCGUUCUCAGAAGAUGUGCUUUUGAAGCUCUUCCUCUCCUUCAGCGGGUCGGAUGUGCAGAACAAGCUGAGGGAAUUGGUCCAGGGUGUGGGAGACGAAUUCAUGACUUGCAAGCUAGCAACUCAGGCCAAGGAUUUCCUGCCACCUGACAUCCAGGUGCAGUUCGCUGCCAGCAGGGAGCUGAUCCGAAACAUCUACAACAGCUUUUACAAACUGCGGGAUCGAACGGAGAGGAUAGCUUCCCGAGCAGUUGACAAUGCCUCAGACCUCCUUUUGUUUGGGAAGGAACUAAGUGCUCUGGGCUCCGACACAACCCCACUCCCUUCCUGGGCUUCUUUGAACAAUAGUGCUUGGGGAAACCUCAAACAGGCCCUGAAAGGCCUUUCUGUCGAAUUUGCACUGCUGGCUGACAAAGCUGUUCAACAGGGUAAACAGGAAGAGAAUGAUGUGGUGGAGAAGUUGAACCUUUUCCUGGACUUGCUCCAGUCCUAUAAAGAUCUUUGCGAGAGGCUUGAGAAGGGAGUUCUGCCCAAGCACCAGAGAGCCUUGCAUAAAUAUAGCACGAUGAAGAGGCAGAUGAUGAGCGCCACAGUGCAGAACAAAGAGCCAGAGUCGGUGGAGCAGCUGGAAUCCCGAAUAGUGGAGCAAGAGAACGCUAUUCUGACUAUGGAGCUGCGGAAUUACUUCUCUCUGUACUGUCUGCACCAAGAGACCCAACUGAUCCACAUUUACCUUCCUCUAACGUCUCACAUCUUGGGGGCUUUUGUCAAUUCGCAGAUCCAAGGUCACAAGGAGAUGAGCAAAGUCUGGAAUGAACUGAAGCCGAAGCUGAGCUGCCUUUUCUCCGGAUCAAGCAACUUGUCAACUCUACCCUUGUCCUCCCAGGAAGUCAACUUCUUUCCUAGUUAAUGCUUUUGGACUGGGGGGCGUGGCAGGGAGCGAAAGGGAGGAGCUUGUUCUCCUGCGCAUACGAAUGUCGAGAAGUCUCCUCCCAUUGGCUGUAUUAGUCCUUGUUGUUUCGUUUUGCUGCUUUGAGCUGCUCCAUGAUGUCAUGGGCUGCCGGGAAAUGUGACAGUGCGUAGGGCGAGAACGAGCAAGUUCAAACGGUUGUUAUCUCCGCUUAAUCAGUUUUGGUUGUGUGCACAGCCCCUCUGUGCGACUGAUCAAACACAGCAGUGAAUCUUUCACUCACUUGUUUCCCAUUCAUCCGAACCAGGAAGCUGUGGUUAGCAGUUUUGGAAUAAGCCACAAUAGUAAACCAUGGUGUUGUAAUGUUGGCUUAAUGUACUGGCCUGCUCUGAAGCUGUUGACCAUACCGUAGUUUGCCAAUUUGGGUGAAAUGAGAAAAUCACAUUAAUGGAAGACUUUGUGACUUGCUCAAGUGGAAGGAGGCACAACGAGGCUGUUUCUUCAGCCAAAAGGCUUAUUCAGAUCUUGGUAUUAAGCAGAGAGCUGAGCGCCAGUCUCUCGCCUUUUAUAUUAUUUUUGAAGGACUCUGGGGUGACGAUGAAUUUCUUUGCUCCAAAAGCUCUGGUUUUAUUCUCUGCUGGGAGCCUUCUGUUGCUGAUAUACUCUUCAGUUUGGAUAUUUUUGGAGUUUAUUGAUUGUCUCUAGGAAAGCAACUCUUUUGCAAAGUAACUAUCCUCAAAGGAUUCUUGUGAGUUUUAUUUUAUUUUAUUAAGGGGGGGGAUCAGCACUCAGUGGUCACAGCUCCCAGAUUCAAUGCUUGCCAUCUCUUAUUAGAAGGCUCAUGCAGCAAGCGAAGGUUGGGGAGGGUCCUUUUCUGCCUGAGGCUCUAGAGGGGCCACUGUCUGCCAGACAAGACACGGCUGGGCUAGAUGGGCAAUAGUCUGAUCUGGCAUAAGGCAGCUUCCUAUGUGCCUUGCUUUAUAUGUUCCUGAGAAUGCAGGUGGCAGAGUGCCAUGGGCCAAAUCUGUCCCCAAGUGGGUUGCUGCCCAAUCGCCUGCCCGAAGACACAAAGGCUGUGUACACACUCCCAUUUACUCUGCAUCAAGUGUGCUCCUACAGCGUGGGAAGUGGUGAGCAUGCGACGUUAGCCACAAACCGUAUCUACAGCCAUCUGCCAUGGAUGCU